CGUGCAAUUGCAAUGCGUUGUUGUCUCAUAGACUUUUGAACGCACACAAGACCAGAAUCGAGGAUUUGAACGUCUGACUCUGAGGGACCGGGCUUGUGAAGAUUUCUUUGUCUUAGUUUUAUUUAUUUUGUUAUUUUGAAAGAUGUCGGAGGAAAAUAUGCUGGACUCUGACGGAAAUGAAACUUAUAAAGAGCCAGAACAGGAAAGGAAGCUCUUUCUUGGUGGGCUGAGCUACAACACAAAAGAAGACAACAUCAAAGAAUAUUUUGGCCAGUUUGGAGAAAUUGUUGACUGCUGUGUCAUCAAAGACCCCACUUCACUGAAGUCCAAAGGUUUUGGAUUUGUCACCUUCGCCAGCCGUAAGGAAGUGAACAAAGUUAUGGGAGCAAGGAAAGAGAAUCCUCAUCGGCUUGACAACAGGGCCGUUGAUGUGAGGAGAGCUAUGGCAAGGGAUGAGAAGGGCCCCAAGAAUCCCUCCUUCAAGUGCUUUGUGGGUGGUAUCCCAAAAGAAACUACGGAGGAAGAGCUGCGUGCGUACUUUAGUCAAUUUGGUCAAAUUGUUGAGCUGGCGUUGCACCUGAGCAAAGGAUUUAGUUUCAUCACCUACGAUGAUACAGACUGUGUAGAUCAGAUCGUCAUGAAGAAGUUCCACCAUAUCAAUGGAAAGAAGGUUGAAGGCAAGAAGGCAUAUUCCAAAGAAGAGAUGAGGGAUAUGAAGAUGAGAGAACAACAGCAAGGUGGUGGUUACGGCGGACAAGGAGGCGGCUACAGAGGGGGACAAGGAGGCGGCGGCGGCUAUGGAGGAGGAGGAUAUGGCGGAGGAGGAGGAGAUUACCAGGGUGGUUAUGGUGGUGGAGGAGGAGGUGGCUAUAAUCAGGGAUAUGGAGGAGGACAAGGAGGUUACGGAGGUGGUGGCGGAUACGGCGGUGGUGGUGGCUACAGUGGCGGCGGCGGUGGCAAUUUCAGUGACUUUGGUUCCAACUAUGGAGGGCAGAACUCCAACUAUGGACCAGUGAGAGGAGGUGGCGGCGGCAGUGGAGGAGGAGGAGGGCGCAACCAAGGGCCUUAUUCAAGUAAUAAUGGUGGUUCGUACAAUGGAGGUGGACAGGGUGGACCCCAGGGCUACGGGGGUGGAGCAGGCGGAGGAUACCAAGGCGGUGGUGGUUACGGUGGCGGACAAGGCGGCGGCGGUUACGGUGGAGGCAAUAGCGGCUACGGAGGUGGCGGCGGCGGCGGCGGUGGCUAUGGAAAGAGAUUUUAAGUGGUAGACAAUUGUAUUAUAUGGUAGCCAGCGAGGAUACACCUACUAGAUGCCCGGAACAGGAACACACAUAUUGAUAGCUCCCAUGUACAUAAGUUAGGCUGAAAGAAGAAUUCUCGUUAAUAUAUGACUUCACACGAACGAUAGUUAUCAGCCAUUUACAAGCAAGGAACAGGAGCUUACAGUUAGCUUUUUAGAACUCUAUCUGCCCUACCACCAUCAGUUAAGCAAGACAGGACCACGAUCCCCGUUAGCACUGUGCAAGGAACCAUAACACUUAGCCGGAAAAACAAGCAUACAUGUAGAUAACGUCAAGACCUUAGAAAUGAAGCCUAGAUGUAAAGGGAUACAACUUCUCUGUACAGCUUCCAAGCAUAUGAUUUACUAUAACAAUGAAGAUAGUCAUCUUUUAGUUCUUCUCAUUUUCUGUGCUUUCGUUUUAAAGGAUGUCAGUAGGUUAUAUAUCCCCUACCGUUGCCAAGUUAGUGUGCAGAGUGUUUUAUCUUUCAAUGCUUCUCUCUUCGUUUUAAGGGAAUGUAAUGUAACUCCAGAAUUGAUCUUUAGGCUGGGAACUCUGGAGGCCAUCAGUAUAGCAAUUUCAUUAAAAUGUAGUAUCAAACAGUCAGCAGAUAUGAUGAAUUAACUCAAUUAACUCAUUAACUUUGUGAUGUCAUAGAAGAGACAUCACAAAGUCAAGAUGUAAUGCUAUAUGUUAGUUAGAGCAUCUUUCGAAAUACAUGUACUUAUUUCAUUUAGCUAGAAGAAAAUUCAUAGUUCUGUAUGGUUUGUCAAGGGAAUUAGGAAAAUCUUCAAGAUAAAUGGUCAAAAUUGGUCUGUAUUUUCCAUAAGCUUAAUUUUCCAUCUCCUUUAGAGUGAUGCAGUCUUUUGAUCCACAUUACAACUAAAGAAAACAAAUGACAGCCUAGUGUCAGAUGCUUGUAACUUACUUUUUGACAAGGCCUAUACUAAGCAAUGAGAAGGGGACCUAGCUUCCUAUGAAAUGCUUGGAUCUGUACAGUGUAAAUAUUGAAUUUUCUGUCCCAAAACUGUUGAUUAAUUGUUAGUGGGUUACUAUAACAUGUUCAUGUACUUCAUUUAUAUAAGGUGAUGUUAGUUAUCUUGAUAUGUCCUUUUGAUUGAAAAAUGGGAUUAGCAAUUCAUCCCCACUUGCCCAUUCUGUGAUUAAUUAAUUGACUAUUUUAAUAACCUUACUAAUGUUUUUAAUGAAUUAUCAGUAAAAUAUUUUACAUCAUGUAUUCAAUUUUGAAAGAAAAGAACUCCUGGUAUUGUUGUUAAUGUAUAUAUAUAUGUAACAAACAUCAAUGAACAUGGUGAUAUGAGAGAAAGUUUGAAGCUUUUCAGGAAAGAAGUAAUCUUUCUUUUACGGAGGGCCAAUUGAAAGCAAUGAUAUUUUUUGAUAUUUUUUAUUUACAGAUAUCGUUCUAUGUCCAUAUUACUAAGUUACACUUAGAUGAUCAUGUGUUUUAAGUGUGAGUUAUUGUGCUAAUUAAAUGUUUGGUAAUUAAAAAAAGUUGGAAAAUA